AUGCACUGGGCACCGCCGAUCUCCAUCAAAGCAAGCGACUUCAGAUAUAUACAGCAAAACCCCGCGACGCACCGCACCGCAACGCCUAUAUGCAUGCACGUGCAUCACGGCAGCGCCACUGCAGCGCCGCGCCGCGGGAUCAAAACAAGGAAGAACCUCGAUCGAGACGCGCGCAUGGGCACAGCCGCCACGGACGUCGCGACGGACCCGGAGGCACUCGACGAUCCGCAAAACAAAUGA